UACCUAAAUAAUAUUUUAAUAAUGAACAAAUUUUCAGUACUAUGUUUCAUUAUUAUGAAUUGGACUGCACUGACUUGUGCACAAUUCGACGUUGUUCGCGAUACAGCUUCCGGUAAGGUUAGAGGUCAGGCUACAUUACUCACAGAAACCUAUCUAGGCAUUCCAUACGCAGCCCCCCCAGUGGGGCCGUUGAGAUGGAAGCCCCCACAGCCUCAUCCAGGUUGGAGUGACAGUGGCGAAGCGAGAAAUGCGACAAAAAUGGGGCCGUACUGCCCCCAACCAGGAUUUGGAGAUUCAACCAUAGCUGGGCAAGAAGAUUGCUUAUAUAUGAAUAUUUAUGUACCAAGGGCGCCUUCGUCGGAAUACUACCCUGUGAUGGUUUUUGUGCAUGGGGGUGGAUUUCAAUUCGGUAACGCAGACUCUUAUGACGGAACAAUUCUUGCUCUGAUGAACAAUGUUAUUGUUGUCAUAUUCAACUAUCGAUUGGGAUCUUUGGGAUUUAUGAGUACGGGUGACAAUCAAGUAACUGGCAACUACGGAAUGCUUGAUCAAGUCUCGGCUUUCCAGUGGGUGCAUGAAAACAUUCAAAACUUCGGAGGAGACAAAAACCGAGUUACCAUAUUUGGGGAAUCAGCGGGAUCUGUAUCCGUACUUAUGCAAGCAAUAUCGCCCCUGAAUCACGGAAAAAACAAAUUGUUUCAGAGGGUAAUCGCUCAAAGUGGGUUCCCGUUUUCAUGGUGGGGGUUCUAUUCCGACCCUCGUUAUCAAGCUGAAAAACUUAUGCGCGAGGCAGGCUGCCCGACUUUUUCUAUCUCCCUCGGAGUUCAAUGUUUACGAGAGCUGAGUUUUGAGGAUAGUAUGCAAUAUCAAGGAUCAUACCCUGCAAGUGCUAGUUUAGAAAUAGGCCCACCCUGGGUUCCCGUAGAUGAUGACGUAUUUCUCACAGACAUCCCUGACGUAAUGGUGACGUCACAAGAUUUGAUAAACGACAUGAAAGGAAGGUACGACUUCUUACUGGGUGUGAAUGAAUUUGAUACGACGGUUCAUUUUGACUUGGUUCGUACUGUUGAAACUGAAGAAGAUUUCAUAAACUUAAUGACGACAUUUUUCAAACCAUUUUUUGAAGAUCCGGACAAGAUGACAGAAGUUGUUAUGUACAACUAUCUAGAUCAGACAAAUUAUCCAACAACAGGUCACGAGUGGCAGCUAAUAUAUUUGAAUGUCACUCGAGAUAUUGACUUCCUUGUUCCGGGGUUAAAUAUGUCAAAUGUUGCGGCUGAUAAAUUUGAGUCGAACGUUUAUCAGUAUUAUUUCACGCAAUUACCGAGCGAUGCUUUGAUUGAAACGGGGGCAGCCUACCCUCGAGGUGAUCCAGUGCUUGCAAGUGGGGCGCGACAUGCUGAAGAACUACCUUAUGUGUUUGGUUUACCGUUUGUAAUAAAUGCAACUCAGCAAGAUCGAGAUACAAGUUCUGCAAUUAUGACGUAUUGGACAAAUUUUGCUAAAACAGGUGAUCCCAACCUUGGAGAACCCGUACCAACACAGUGGCCGAAAUAUAGUACGAGUCGUCAGGAGUAUUUAACAAUCGGUACGAAAGAUCCCGAUGUUAAUUUAACUCGAGUGCAAGAUCAUCUGGAAUCUGAUAAAGUUGUUUUGUGGGCUCAAGAACUUCCAUUGUACGGACAAGGAAAAGGACUAAAUGAUUCCAUCGCACAUCCCGAUCCUCCACCAUCAAAUGAAACAGUUUCAGAACAAGUUCAGCCUGUUGUUGAAACAAACAAAGGAAAGAUUCAAGGAAUUCGUAUUAAAAGAGAGGAUUAUAUCACGGAUAGAUUUAUGAGGAUUCCUUAUGCUAAACCUCCCGUUGGAAAAUUAAGAUUUAUGCGUCCAGAACCGCACCCUGGAUGGCAAGGAAUUUUGAAAGCAGAUGGAAAAAACUCUGAGAUAGAGUGGUUGAACGGUUGUGCUAUGGUUACAGCAGCAAGGAAUGGAACUUGGGGAAAAGAAGAUUGCUUGUUUCUCAAUGUUUGGGUGCCUGGUGGAAUAAAUGCAACAAGAGAUCGACUGUUACCAGUUAUGGUUUGGAUAUACGGCGGAGCUUUCAAACUCGGGAGAUCUACUGGUCCAUUGUUUAUGUAUAAUUUAGAAAAAAUAUCAAUUCAAGGACAAGUUAUUGGUGUUUCAUUGAACUACAGACUGGGAGCUCUUGGUUUCCUCAGUACACAAGAUGGAAAUGCUCCUGGAAACGCAGGAUUGUUAGAUCAAGUUGCUGCUUUACAAUGGAUCCAAGAUAAUAUUGCUAACUUUGGCGGAGAUCCUCAACAAGUUACUAUAUUCGGUGAAUCUGCGGGAGCUGCAUCUGUAUCCUACCAUAUGAUGUCACCAGUGAGUGCUAAUCUCUUCAGGCGCGGAAUCGCUGAAAGUGGAGUUGUGCCGGCACAAUGGUCUUUUGUUCGAAAUCCUUUAUAUUGGGCUCGGAAACUUUCGGAAAGAGUCGGAUGUCCAACAGAAAAUAACCAAUUGCUUGUGAAAUGUCUGCAAAAUAAACCAUUGAAUGACGUAGUGGUGGCGAGCGAUAUGGAUGAUCCUCUGGAACACGGGGGUUUUAUCUACUCAGCCUGGGCUGGAGUUGUUGACGGUUAUUUUAUACCAGAAGAUCCGACCAAUACGCUCCAGUGGUCAAAAGAUAAAGAUUUCUUACUUGGACAUAACAGCAUGGAUGGACAUUUGUUCGCCUCGUUUGAUUCUCCGACUAUAAAUGUUGAAAGUUUACCGAUGUCUCAUGCUGACGUUAGACUGGCAUCCACAAAAAUUGCACCUCAUGUACCAGAUCAUGUGUCAGAAGCUAUUUCAUUCAAGUAUAUUGAUUGGGAAAAACCAGCCACAGACACAUUAUGGCCGAAACUUGCCAUCGUUGACAUGUACACCGACUCAAUGUUCGCCACUCCAACUUAUUGGACAGCAAAUGAAAGAUUGUUAGCUAAUGGCACUGGCAGAACAUACAUGUACAGAUUCAGUGAAAAAUCAAAUAUACAAAUCUGGCCGGAAUGGAUGGAGGCUGAUCAUAUGGCUGAAUUAGGAUAUGUAUUUGGACAUGAUUACCGGCGCAGAAACUUUACAGACGAAGAGUUGAUACUAAGCAAAGCUAUCAUGACUUAUUGGACUAAUUUUGCUUGGAGUGGAAAUCCCAAUUAUCCCAACCAAGGCGACAUAUUUGCAGAAUGGCCUGAAUUUACUUCUGAUACAAAAUAUGCUCUUGAACUCAACUCCAGCACUGCAUCGGAACCAGAUAAAUAUCCUCAUAUUUUAAGUAAUUACAGAGGAGAGAUUGUUGAAUUCUGGACAGAUUUAUUGAAAUAUAUUUGGACUCUUCCGCUUGGUUCAUGUCCAGCUGAUAAUUCAAAAUCUAAGAUUUCCGAUUCGACGACAAAUGUUGAAAAAACUGAUAUUAAGAUUCAAUCUAGAGCAGUAACAUGUCCAUCAGAUCCUCUGAUACGAGCUACAGAAAGUGGAUGCGUACAAGGAUAUGAAUAUGAGUCUAAUGGAAAAAUAAUUGAAAGAUAUCUUGGGAUUCCAUACGCUAAACCACCUAUGGGUAACUUACGAUUUUCAAAAGCAGAAAAAUCUGACGAAUGGUCUGGCAAUCUCAAUGCAACAAGUUAUCAAAAAAUUUGUCCACAAAAUUCAGUUUUGGAUGAAACGAUGAGCGAGGAUUGUUUGUAUUUAUGCGUAUAUGUUCCUCAAGUCAAUGUUACUGCUGAUACGACAGCAGGGUUGCCAGUUAUGAUCUGGAUUCAUGGUGGUGGAUAUCAAAUUGGUAACGGGAUGGAAAAAUUGAAAGGUGACACCCUCGCUGCACUUGGUGACGUCAUUGUGAUUAAUUUCAACUACAGACUUGGAAGUUUUGGAUUCUUAACGACUGAUGAUGAAUAUUCUCGAGGAAAUUAUGGAUUGUUUGAUCAACAAAUGGCUUUGAAUUGGGUGAAAGAUAACAUCGGAAAUUUUGGUGGUGAUCCAGAUAAAAUCACAAUAUUUGGGAACUCAGCAGGAGGUCAAAGUGUUUUGCUUCAUUCACUGAGUCCAACUAACGUUGAUCUAGGAAUAAAUAAAGCGAUUAUUGAAAGUUCUGCGAUUAUUCCGUAUGACGACAUGAAACAACUCAAUAAAACUGUCAGCUUAGCGCAGGCGGCAACUUGUGACGUCAGUUCCGGAAAUGAUGCCAUAGUCAAUUGUUUACGUAAUCUUGACGCAGCAUCGUUGCUGGCUUUUCAAUCCUCCACAGGACUAAGCUAUCUUCCAACAAUUGAUGGAGAAUUUUUUCCAAAUCAUCCACGAGAGCUUGCCACCGAAGACCAAGUCAAAAAUUGGAAUUAUAUUAUUGGUGCAAACAACGGAGAUGGGAGUGUAAGAUGGGGAGAUGUACAAACAAUUAAUAAUGAAGAGAAAUUCCAUGAAGUCAUCAAUAAAUGGUUGGAAGCAACUUAUGGUUGGAGAACAAGUUUAAUAGAUCAACAAUAUGCUGAUUACGAUGAUUUGAAUUUCUUUCAGGAUGAACAGAAAAUGCAAAUUCAUUUAACGAAUUUAUUUGGUCAAGAACGAUACAUCGGUCCUGCGUUACAAAUUGCAGAUGAUCAUAUUCAACUCGGAGCCGAAGUUUAUUUCUAUUAUUUCACGUAUCCCCAUGACAGGCCAGAUUUUUAUGGAUUUCCGUCAUGGGCUGGCGCUGCUCAUUCUGCGGAGUAUUCUUUUGUAUUCGGUGAUGUCAUUUAUGAUGUCACACAACCAGAAGAAGUCAAAGAUUUGAGCAGAAGAAUAAUUCAGUAUUGGAGCAAUUUUGCGAAGACAGGGAAUCCUAAUACAGGAUAUUCUAUUGACCCUGAACCGGAACUAAAUUGGGGAAACUACAAGGGGUCACGACCUGCAUCUUCAGGGAAAAAUUACAUUCAACUUGAUCUUGGUAACAAAACGAUGAUGUUGCAAAAUUUACUUCCAACUGAAAAUGCUUUCUGGAAUGAACAUUUGAUCGCUGAAGCUGAAUUCUGCGAAAUUGAAAUUGUGGAAACAACAACUCCUGCGCCUCCCAUAACUGACCCAGACAAUCCCUUAGUAAUGACGAGUGGAGGAAGAAUUCGUGGAAUGAGAAUUAAGAAUGAAAUGUAUGACGUUCAUGUUUUCCUUGGAAUUCCAUUUGCAAAACCACCUGUUGGAAACAGAAGAUUUACUAAAUCAGAAAAAGCUGAUCCAUGGACGAACAUACUUGAAGCAAACAUUCCAAAACCUCCUUGUCUUCAAACAACAUUUGACGGAAAUAUGAUCGGUGAUGAAGAUUGUCUUUAUUUGGAUGUUUUUAUGCCAACUGGAUUGAUUGGUACAAAUACGACAUCGACACCUGUAAUGAUGUGGAUUCAUGGCGAUGCUAACGGAGAAGAUCCUGGAAAAUAUGCUGGCAGUUUUUGGAGUGGUGGAGGGAGUCCAGGAUGGAACUCCGAAUACAACACCCUAGAUCCAUCAUACAUUGCAAGUUUCGGAGGAGUCGUGAUAAUUCGACCGAAUUUUAGACUCGGAGCACUUGGAUUUUUAACAACUGAAAAUGACGUAAUGAAAGGAAAUUACGGACUUUCUGAUCUUCGACAAGCAUUGCUAUGGGCAACUGAAAAUGCUGGUAAUUUUGCCGGGGAUUCGAAGAAAUUGACGUUGAUCGGGCAAGGAUCCGGAAGUGCAGCAGCUGAGUUAUUGGCAAUAUUACCAUCUACAAGAUCCCACGUAAAAAGAUCGAUCAGUCAAAGUGGAUCGAUAUUCUCACCCUGGGUUUUCUGUAAUCCAGAUGAAUGUAGAAACAUCGCUAAAUCAGUGGCAGAAUCGAACAAUUGCGGAAAUUUUGAAAACGAGGCUGAAACAUUAGAUUGCUUGCGUAACCUUAACGCAAAUAAUAUUGUCCAAUCAAUCCCCUUAAAACCAGUGACGUCAAACUCUGAUGACGUCAGUAAUGCAUGGGGCACUUGGAGAUUUACAAUUGAUGGUGAUAUCAUUCCAGAUGACGUCAAUAUGACGCAAUUAUUUUUAGAAUCGGAGACCGAUUUUAUGACUGGAACAACGAGUCACGAAUUCUUCAGAUAUUUAAAGGCUGCAUAUCCAGAUUCAGUAGGCAGAUCACAAUCAGAAAGCACUUUCCUUCAAACUGCUAUAAAAGACACAUAUCGAUUUCUGAUUGGUGGAGAAAUUGACCAAUGGUCUCCUGAGUUAUACAACACACUUACACAUGAAUAUACAAACUGGGAUGAAACAGAAAAUGUUGAAUUUGAAUCUUCAGUCAAAUAUUUUACUGAUUUCAUGUUUGCUGUGGAUUCAUCAAGAAGUUUGGAAGCAAAAUUAGAGUCAGGGAUCGGAUCUCUCUAUCAAUACGUUCUUACUCGACCUCUUGCAUUAUUGGACACUUCUUCGUUACCUGCAUGGCUUGGAGGACGUCAUGGUGAUGACGUCAUAUACACGUUUGGUUUACCCUUCACACAACCUUCGAAGUUUUCGGACAGUGACAGAGAAUUCAGUUUGGCAAUGAUUGGAUAUUGGACUAGUUUUGCGUGGGGAGGAAACCCAAACAACGCAUUUUCAUCAAACACUUGGACAGAAUAUACAAAUGAAAGAAAAUCUUAUUUGGAAAUGAAUUCAAAUCUUAUUCAGCCAUUGAACAAUCCAACUGAUUAUAACAUCGAAAAAAACAAUUUAUGGAGCCAGGUUGUUCCUCAGUUUCCUAAAGUUCCUGUUCCUGCAACAACAACACCGAUUUAUUCUACAAUUUCAUCGAUUUCUCCCACUGACCAGUGUCCAGACCCGAUUCCACCUAUCGGGGAAGGUCUUGGACUUUCCCUAUCGCCAACUCAGGCCGAUACCGCAAUUUAUGCCAUGUUUAGUGUUUGUCUUAUUCUUGGCGUGAUUUUAAUAUUACUAAUUGUUUUGUGGGUGUGUUAUGGGCGUGGUGCACAAAGAAAAGGUGUGACUGCCGAAAAACGAAAUAAUACUCUACACGAAAAUGCCGCUUUUGAUAAUAAAUCUGAAUCAAAUAAUUUUUCCGCUCUUUAAAAUGGCGAAUUUACUUUUAACUAAUUCGGAAAUUUAAUAUUUUUAUAACGUAAAGUUAUAAUUGUCAACUUUAUUUUCCGAACUCCGUUUACUAGUCUUUUCCUCAAACUUUCUAAUUACAAUUUUUUGCUGCAACAAAUUAUGAUGUGUCAAGUUUGGAUUGGUUGUUAUGUAAUUCUACGUACCUGUGACGUAUUUAUGUUUGUGCCGAUCAUAGCACGAGUCUAGCGAUUAGUGAUUUUUAACCUUAUUUGGUGGCGCGGUGGUCUAAUGAAACAUUCCUAAGACUUGGGAAAUUUAAUUAUCUUUUAUAUUCUGGAUUGUCGAAUGUAAAUAUAUAAAGCAAACUUGAAAGUUGUUGAACAGAAUUUUAUCAAAAGGUGUUUGUUUAUAAUCAAACAAUAUACACAUAAUAAUAACGACUCUUAGAUUUGAAUGUGAACUUGUGGAACUUCUGGGCUGCACUGACGGAACACAAAAAUGUUUCGGAACCCUUGUUGAUAACCACUGUCACUGACAUAUGAAAGAUGUUCAGUUCUCCCUUGACCUGUCUGUUCUAUACUGUCUAACUGUGUUAACCUGUUCCUAUCGUAAUUGAAAUACGUAAUACAAACGAAAUACUGCACUUGUCUUUUAA